UAUGAGAGAAAGUUGUAAGCAGAAGGAGCUAACGCUGGAUAUGACUUUUUUCGUCGGCCGAGCUUCCUCUUACUGGCUCCUCCCCUUUAAGAGCCCUCACUCCGGAGCGGCUAAUGGGUGAAGCUGCUCCCGGGAGCGCGGAUCGGGAGCGCGGGAUCAUGGCGGCGCCGCUCCGGCGGGACACUUUACCUCAGGGCUGGUCUUACGGGGUGUGUCGAGACGGCAGGGUGUUUUUUAUAGAUGAUGAAGCGCGCGCCACUACCUGGCUGCAUCCACUGAGCGGGGAGCCGGUGAACUCGGGGCACAUGCUCCGGUCAGACCUACCGCCGGGCUGGGAGGAGGGCUUCACUAGAGAGGGCGCGAGCUUCUUUAUAGACCAUAAUCAGAGGACCACAUCUUUCAGACAUCCAGUGACGGGUCAGCUCUCUUCUGAGAACGGCGAGUUCAGACUGCAGACUGAAUCGCUGAGCGGACGCAUGCUUAAGCCACAGACAGCCCUCCGGCCCGACAGCACCGUCAGCGAGACUUCCACCACAGUCACUUCUUCUACUGUCGACACCACAGCGGUCUCAAAGUCACAGGGUUCCAGAUUGAGCGGGAGGGUACAUAGCUUUGGUAAGCGGGACAAUGCCAUAAAGAGGAAUCCGAAUGUCCCCGUGGUGCUGCGUGGAUGGCUCCACAAACAGGACGGUUCAGGUAUGCGACUCUGGAGGAGGAAGUGGUUUGUGCUGGCUGACUAUUGCCUCUUUUAUUAUAAAGAUAGUCGAGAGGAGAACGUGUUGGGCAGCAUCCCUCUGCCCAGCUACACCAUCUCCCCGGUGGGGCCGGAGGACCACAUCAGCCGCAAGUACGCCUUCAAGGCCAGUCAUACGGGCAUGCGCUCAUACAUUUACAAACACAGCUCUGUGAUUGGCUCACAGGCGGAGCACGGCGGCAUGAGGACGUACUACUUCAGCGCAGACACACAGGAGGAUAUGAACACUUGGUUGAGGGCCAUGAACCAAGCUGCGCUGAUGCAGAACCACACAGUGAAGAGUGUGCUUGAUGAGUCCGACUGCUCAGACCAGCACUGUACACAUGUGAAGCUUGAGGAGCAGGCAGUACCUCAGAUCAACCACAUCAACAGCUACGUGCUUUUCCAUGCAGAAGCUCCUCAGAGUGAGGGCACUGAAACGCUGAAGCAGGAACUGUUAAUAGAAGAGGAGAAGAGCAGGACUGCUGUUCCUGAGAUGGAGGAGGAGAGGGGGAAAUCGCUGCCGGUCAGGCCGAGAGAGGUGGAGCUCUCAGCACCAGACCUCGCAGCUCCCUCUCAGAGUACGUCCCACCCCCCGUCCCGGGCUGCCUCUACCCUGCCAGCGUCUUUCCGGAACGGAGAGUCCCAGGACAUGAAUGGAAUGGUUGGGUACCAGAGGGGUCCCACCCCACGCUCCGACACACCCACACACACCCAGGGGAGCAGGAGCACCCUGGAACAGGUGGAGAACUGGGUCAAAGGGCAGAAGAGAGAACACAAAGGAUCCGUCUCUGGUGAAGAGACCCUCUCUCGGCGGACCCCUCCAGCACAGACCAGUUCAGGAACAGUGGAAGCCUACCAGUCUGUGCCAAACUCACACCAGCAGCUUCCCAGUGACUACAGAUAUGCCCAGGACCGCCUCAGCCAGCUCCGGGCGGCGCAGGGCAGAUCUCCUCAGCCUGCCACGCGGGAGGGCACCGUGUGGCAGCUGUACGAGUGGCAGCAGAGGCAGCAGUAUCGGCACGCCAGCCCCACCGCUCCCAUUUACGUCCCUGCUCCAGACUACUCCACCGCCGUCUCCUCCACCAGAGCAAACCCGGACACGGCACGCUCAGUAUCUGUGCCCCCUCUGAUCACGAGCGCCCCCGCCCCGGGUCCUCCGGGGCUCAGGUUACUGUCCCCCCGAAGACCCCACACUCCUGCCGAGCGCCUCACCGUCAAACCCCAGGAGGAGAGGCCCGUGGUGGAGGUGCCGCCGUCCAGCUCUCCACGCCGCAUUUACUCUCAAAAGUAUGCUACAGUGGAACGGCGCUCCAUCCCUCCAUCAGGAUACAUUACUCACACUGUGAGUGCUCCUAGUCUUCACAGAAAAACACCGGAGGAGCUCACCCUCCUGCUCAUCCAGCUCCGGAGACACCAGGCUGUCAUGGCCGGAGUGCGCAGUCAAACUCUGGCCCAUCUGCAGCAGCUUUCCCGAGUGCAGGCCGAUGAUACCUAUGUGCAGCUGAAGAAGGACCUGGAGUACCUGGAUCUGAAGAUGGCGGCGAAUGACACGCAGAAAGGAAGGUCAGCCAGAGCAGUGAAGGUGGCCGAGAGUGACGUGGACGUGAAAUUGAGUCGUCUCUGUGAACAAGACAAAACACUGCAGGAGCUUGAGAUCAAACUGAGCACAUUAAAGGAGGAUAAGGACAAGUUGGAGUCGGUCCUGGACGUUGCGCACCAGCAGAUGGAGCAGUACCAAGACCAGCCGAUCCACACGGAGAAGAUCGCCUACCAGCAGCGCCUGCUUCAGGAAGACCUGGUCCACAUUCGUGCUGACAUCUCCAGGGUGGCCACAGAGAUGGAGAGAGCGUGGGCAGAGUAUGGCAGGCUGGAGCAGUCGGUGGAGCGUCUGAGAGAGGCGCUGCAGACCCAGAUGAAUCUCUGCACAGUGCCCCAGGAGAAAUCUCAGUUAAAAAGAGAACUUUGGAGGAUCGAGGACGUGAUGGCCGGACUCAGCUCCACCAAAGAUGCCUUUAAAAUCACUGUUGACUCUGUGCAGAACCCAGAAAGGAAACUUGUGCCUUCAGUGACAGAGUUGCCUUCAAGCUCUGUCACCCCAGCAGAAAUCUGUAAACCCCAGCAUAGUCCCACUCUCAGCCCGCGCUCACUGCCCUCCGAGCACUCAGAGCAGCCUCUCACUGUGCCAAAGUGGGCUGAAGACACUGCCCCGCCCAGACCACCCCUACCCCUUCACUACGAUGAGGACACGCCCCCCGCAGUCCCGCCCCUCCCAAAAGAGACGUCUAUCAUCAGACACACAUCAGUGCGGGGCCUGAAGAGGCAGUCCGACGAGAGGAAGCGCGACCGAGAGAGCAGCUUUGUUAAUGGAGACGGCAGGGAAGAAUUACGUUCUUACUUGAGUGAACCGGAGCUACCUGGCAGUAAGCUGAUGUCAGUUCACCUUUCUGACGAGACGGAAGGAGGCUACCUCACACUCCCAAACAGAGGUCUGUCAGGCUCCUUGUUCAGGCUGAACCAGUCCACUGUUUCCUCUUACAGCACGUUGAGGAGAGACCCUUCAAUGAUGGAAAAACCAAAGAGUGCCUUGGAGCAGCUGUACUCCACGGAGCCCCGGCAGCUCCCUCAGCGAGGGAGGAUGAGUGUGGAGGAGCAGCUGGAGAGGAUGAAGAGACACCAGAGGGCGCUGGUGCGCGAGCGAAAGCGCAACAUUAAUCAGGGCGAGCGGCAGACGUCCAGCUCGCGGUCCUCCUCUCGAACCGUCUGCUCUGACCUGGGACCAGGCUUUGAUUUGCAGAUGUCUGAAAGCACUGUGCUGAAGGCGGGGCAUCAAACUGCAGAGAGGACAGGAGAGAAAGAGACGACUCCGCCCACUGGAUCACAGAAACCAGGAGAAUGGCUCAGGGUUCUGGCCAGACCUGUGGAACUGCAAGACCUGGAGCAUGAGGACAUUGAUCUGGAACUCGAUCGAGAAACUGUACCCAUCCCAAAGUGCCUCCAGGACACACAGCAUGAGGAACCUUUAAUCUACAAUAAGGGAGAAGAGAGCACCCACAGUGUUAAAUGAUAGGUCAGUAUCUAAAGAGGGAUGAAAAGCACGACUUUACCUAGAUGAGGUGAUUUUUUAAAGAAACACUAUAAUAUAUUACAUCCACUGUAUAUCACACCCACACUUUGAUUAGUAGGUUUAGUGGGUGUGUGUUUGAGUAAGAGGACUUUAAAGCUUACUCUUAAACACUACCCUUUCCUCAGGCUGUAUGUGGGUCUCUAAUGAAGUUUAAUUAGUCUGAAAACACAUUUUACAAAUGAAAGACCUUUAAAAUAGCAGACUGCCUUAGAUAAAAAAAUUAGUGGAGGGCAGGAGGUCAGAUAUUGUGAAGCGUGCUGAAGAGCUCGUUACCUGCUGCUGAGCUGGAUCACUUGGACACAUUGUGGGUGAGAGUUGGCUUUGUGUGUUGUCUAGAAAUUUCAUAUAAAUAAGCAUUUACGAACCAAAAUUGUAUCAUAUGAUACAGAAUCAUGACAUUUCAGUGUUCCACUUCUAAAAUCACAAGCCAUUAAACCAAGCUAAACUGCUUGAAUUUUUGCACCAGGAGUAAAGCAGCAUAAAGUUAUACAAAAGCAGUGUGUAAGACUGGUGGAGGAGAACAUGAUGCCAAGAUGCAUGAAAACUAUGAUUAAAAACCAGGGUUAUUCCACCAAAUAUUGAUUAUUUCUGAACUCUUAAAACUUUAUGAAUAUGAACUUGUUUUCUUUGCAUUAUUUGAGGUCUGAAAGCUCUGCAUCUUUUUUUUUUUGUCUAAAUCUAAAUGACAACAAUUUAAUUUAUUUGGAAUUUAGGAGAAAUGAAUCGAAUAAAACAACAAUGUUCAUUUUACUCAAACAUAAACCUAUAAAUAGCAAAACCAGAGAAACUGAUUCAGAAACUGAAGUGGUCUCUUCAUUUUGUCCAGAGCUGUAGAUAACAUCAAAUACUAGUGCAUCUCAAUAUAUAUAAAUACACUGCUCAAACAAAAUCUC